AUGCUCGUUUUAACUCCUGUGUCUGUGCCUCGGUCUGGCUUGUACAAUCAACCAUUUGUCCCGAGCAUCGCUCCGCGCUAUAAUGUCGAUGCGGUGCUCCGGCAAGCCGCAUAUGACUAUGCCGUUGCGCAUGCUAGAGCUGAAGCUGCACGGAGUGAAGCAGCGCGUCGACGGCAAGCCCAAGAGAGGAUGCGUCGUCAGGCCCUGUUCGAUCUCUACCUCGAGGAGGCUAUGUUUGUUACACGUCGCGCUUGGCCGGAAAGUACUGAACGUCCCUACACUAACUGCACCUCAAGUCACCGAGAUGAGGCCUAUGCGCGAGUCGUUUCCAGUGCCCGUGCGCAGCAUUACCUCACCCAUCGUCGCCACGAGACGGGAAAUUGUCCUUUUCACACCUACAUCGGCCACGGUGUAUCGCAGAGGGCCGAACAGCCCUCUUAUCGUCCCUAUUACAUUUCACGACAUGGACGUCAUGCAACUGUGCCGCAGCCCAUGUCUUCGCGAGUCGCUGUGCAUCCCACUGCCUUACCCGAGCGUCGGUAUCCAGUCUCCGAUGGACUACAGGAGCGCCUUCAGGAUCGACUCCGAUCUGAAUCUGACCAGGAAAUGGGCGAAGCUCUGCAGAGCCUCCUCUCACACUUUACCCCGGCUGCACCGUCUGCAUCUCCUGCAUCUCCUGCAUUUGCUGAAUUGAAGGGCAAGGGCAAGGCCAGAGAAACUAUCCAGAGCACUCCGUCCUCUGCGUCGGCAGCGCAGGAGGUUCCCACGGAGACUCCUACCAACUUGCAGGAGUUGAUAGCUCAAUUCUAUACUGCACUGCAUGAAGCCACAGAUACAUCUGCGCACGAGACAUCCACUCGUAUACCCGUCAAGGACUUCACCGAUAUUAAGGGCAAAGGGGAACAGAAGGACGUUAUCCCUGAAGUCGAAGCUACUUCGACGUCGGCACCUCAGAACGAGAACGUCGAAACGCCAGACACUGAAGCUCCUUCUCCCUCUCCUGGACCAUUUCUCAGCACCGGCGAUGUCAAUCUACACCGCACACCAGCGCUCCCUCCCUCCAUUGCUGCGAAGCUGCUGGACCUUUACAAAGCCAAGCGCUCGCGUAAGCUUUCCCUUGCAGAAAUCGGGGCUGUCCAGGCGACUCUCCGCGCUCUCGAGACGUCCUUCGUCUUUCCAGAAAAGCUCGAUUUCACGCAGUUAUCACCUGCCGACUCAAACAGCGAGUCCACGAAGGAUUUUGGCAGCACCAACGGCCUCGCGUACACAGCAAACAACUCACCGAUCCACACUUACGAACACUCGCUGAAUGUCCUCUUGACUAGACUUGAUGCUGUGGAGAGCCGUGGCGAUUUGCACGUGCGCGGGCGGCGCAAGGAGAUCGUGAAGGAAGUCGAGCGCGCGUUGCGCGAGAUGGAGAGGAAGGUGGAGGAAAGUCACGAGAGGGACGCUGCCAAGGACACAGUUUUAGAGACGAAGCCCGAGGUUGGGACGGCAACGACGGAUACAAAGGAAGUUAAUGAGGAGGUCGAGGAGAUUACACGGCCAGAGGGGACAGCGGAGACAGAAGUGUUCCCGACCUCCCACGUCAAGAUCGAAGCCCCACUGCUGGAAGCCGCCUCCUCAUCCUCCUGUGCUCCUGUCUCCCUCUCUGAGAACAUCUCGAACGAAGACCGUCUUGACCUCAAGUCCACCUUAUCUUCUCCCGCCGCUGUCGUGUCUGGGAACAUCAACAACGAGGACCACGGCACUGCCGUAACCGCUGGCGCCGCCAUGGAACUCCGAGAACCCGAGUCUGCCACAUCUCAUGACGAGAUUCCGUCCAAGUCUUCUUCGUCUCAGGAGGCUGUGGAAGCAAGCCUUCCAGAAGCGCAGAUGUACGCACAGCCGGCAACACCUGACAUCCUCGAGGUAGUCGCCGCUACAUCGCCGCAGUCGUUGGAUGACAUUGUUGUCGAUGCUUCUGCGACUGUUUCGCCCUCGGCCAUCGCAGCUAAGUCGCAGCUGUCCGAGGAUGCCGCGGAGGACAAACUUAUCUCCCAACCUUCGUCCGAGUCUGAAGCUCCAGUUACUGAAGCACACCCCCCUGAAGAUGAUGUUUCCAUCUCAGCAGCCCCCACCUCCGACACGGUUUCUUGGCUCGACUCGGACAGCAAACCCACGAUGGUCAAUGAACUUGCGCAGCCUACACUUGAAUCACCAAGCUCACAACCCGAUAUACAGCUCCUCACGAACGAGAUCGCGGAUGCCGACGUUGGCGCUGAAGCGUUGCCCAGUGAGGGAUACUCGUCUGAGGGCGACGCGUUCCUCCUUCAGUCGUCCUCUCCCCCUUCGCCGCCACACGUGCCGCGGAAUUCGGAGUCUGACGAGGAACUUGAAGUCAUACAACACCACGAUGCGAAGGGUGCCGAUGAUGAGAGUGCGGACGAGUGGUCCGAGGUCGAAGGAGACGGACCUUAG